UUCAUGCUAAAUGUUUCACUUGAGUAAUACUGUAUCUAGUCUUAUAUUAGUUAGAAUCAUAAUUGCGUGACUAAGACCUCUACAAAAACAUCAACAUUAAUGUCAGAUUUCUUGACUUAUCUUAGGUUAAUUCUGACUAUUUUGAGGAUGUUUAUACUGGCUAUCUCAAGAUGGAUUUUGUUGUUUUAAGGGAGUAUGCAAGCAUACUCAUUCGAGUUCGGAACUAGCCAAACCGAAUCUGCAUUCAAUCUUCUCUUUUCUCUUUUCUCUUUUCUCUUUGCUCUCCUCUCCUCUCCUCUCCUCUCCUCUCCUCUCCUCUCCUCUCCUCUCCUCUCCUCUUCUCUUCUCUUCUCUUCUCUUCUCUUCUCCUCUCUUCUCCUCUCCUCUUUCAGAGGUCCAAGCUGCUGGACUGUCUGUCUCAGUCCUGCUUCUCUGCCUGCUGGAGGAGAAAGUCUACAGCAGCAUCGCCAGAUGAGGACCUCUUGGCAUAUUCGUUCCGGCCGCCACCGAGCCCCCCGUUGAACUUUUACGAAGACAUUGAUGACACAUUUAAUGGGGGUGACAUCAUGACUAAUGUCUGUGACCUCACAGUCGCCGAGGAAACGGAUUGGUCCAAGCCCCUCCCCCUGCCUACACCAGAGGAGAAGAUGAGGCAGCAGGCGCAGGCCAUCGGCGCUGACAUAGUACCCAUCAACAUCACUGGUGAAAGUUUUGAGCGUCAGGCCAGUUUCCGGCGAGCGUUAGCCAACACAGACACUGUGAUCCGUCAUCCCCGGAACAAACUCACACGCCGCAAGACCAUCACCGGAAUACCAGAUGACAUCACCAGAGAUCUGGACAGUGCUGAAGAAACUCGGCCCCUUAGACCCUCAGAAACUUUUACAGUUUCACAAUUGAGAGCAUCCGGUUGGGCACCACAUUGUACAGCAACUGCACCGCCCUGCAACCUCAGGGCUGAUGGUGGUGCAGUCUGCCCAACGCUUCACCAGUUGCACACUGCCUGCCCUCCAGGACACCUACAGCACCCGAUGUCACAGGAAGGCCAAAAAAGACCAUCAAGGACAUCAACCACCCAAGUUCACCCCGAUACCAUCCAGAAGGAGAGGUCAGUACAGGUGCAUCAAAGCGGGGACCGAGAGACUGAAAAACAGCUUCUUCCUCAAGGCCAUCAGACUGCUCUGUGGGGUGUGUUUGUGUUUGUGAACAGAGCCCCAGGACCAGCUUGCUUAGAACAUGAAGCUGAUGAAGAGCCAAGGUGUAAUGGAACAGUGGUUCAACCUGGUCAGUACUCUACUUUGGGCCGGAUUGGCAUUGUCAACACAGCCCAGCUACAGAGCACUAUCAUACGGCGCUCACACACCCAGUCACACACGCCCUCACAUGCCCCAGAGGACGACCAGACGGGGGAGGAGGGAAGAGAGGAGGAAAGGUUGGACACGAAGAGUGUGGUGGAUAAGAGAGAGGAGGAGGAAAGGAGAGUGGCGAAGUCAUCAGUGUGUCGGAUCCAGGCCCAGAGAGGACAGGGCAUCUCUUCUCUGAUGGCUUCUCUCACCCCGACCCUCAACCCUGACCCUUCCUUUACUUCUAACCCUCACCGUAGCCUCACUCUCAACCCUAUCCCUUUCCUUAAGAUUCAACCUCACCCUAGCUUCACCCCCUCAUCUUCCAUGGACAGUGUCUCCCUGGCGGGUGAAGAUGGGGGGGAGGGCUUCCACAGCCUCCCUCAUAAGGACACCUUGUCCUCUGUGAGCAGCUGCCUUACCACCCCCUACAGGACACUCUGUGACACUGUACCCAGCUCUAUGGACCAUGUCUCCCAGAGCCAGAAGGGUUGGAGCUGCAAAUUCCAGAGUCAGAGCACAUUGCUCAGGGAGGACUGGAGCUACAUGCCCCUGCUGACCUCCAGCCAUUCCUCCCCACUCCACCCUCUCUCCUCCAUCUCCUCCCCCUCUCAGACCGACUGCAGCUCUCUCUGCUCCGGGGAUACAGAGCCCGCCGGACAGGGGCUGAAGUCCCACAGCCACGGCUGCAUUUCUGCAGACUACGCCACCGGCAACAACCGCUGUCCCCACGGUAACCAAGACCAGCACGGUCUCCAUAGCAACAGCUGUAACAUGUCACACAGUAUCUCGCUAAGGAAGUUCAAGAGGCCCCCCGUUCCCCCUACCCGUUCCACAUCGCUAAGGCGAAAACCUGCUCGGGGAAAACCGCUGCGCUACAACUUCAACAACCCUGGAGAAAGAGAGGAGGUGGUGGUGACGUUACAGAGGAGUCUCCAGACCCCCAGUCCUGCUCCCGUUUCCCCUCUGGUCUCCCCAGUGGUGUUCGAGGUGUUCGAGGAUCCUUGGGUACCCCGCUGUCUCAGCUUCAGCAGUCUGAGCAUGGGGGAAAGGGGAGCUGCUGAUACAGCCAGCCAGAUCAACCAGGUCCCUCACUUCCACAGCUUCCAGGACCAGCUCUACCCUCCCAGCUACCGCCUCAAGCAGCCUCACCACUCUGCGCCCCGCUCAGCCAGCACUGGAGGGCUUAACCUGCCUAUGGGACCUAAAACGGCCGUUUCUUUUCCAAACAUGGCCACCUCUGCAGGGAGACCGCAGCGUCUGGCUUCCAACUCCAGCGGAUACUACAGCCAGUGCAACACUCUAACAUCUUCCUCACCCCAAACCACCUCCUCACCCCUCACUUCCUCCUCCUCCUCACCCCUCACUUCCUCCUCCUCCCUGCCCCUCACCUCCUCCCUUCCCAGGACUUGUUCUACCCCUGGCAUAGGAAGGCCCAAACCCCCCAUCCCAGAGAGAACGUCCUCCCUCCUCUCCUCCCCCUCUUCCUCCUUUUCUUCCACUUCCUCACUCUCUUCCUACACCUCUGCUGACUCUGCCAGAUACCCCCCUCUCCCCCCUCUCACGCUCCUCCCUGAGUCCAACACUCCUUCCUCUCUACCUCCACCCUACCCAUCACUUCUGCAACAACAAUCACUCCCCUCUCCUCCUCCUCUCCCUCAAAUGUGCAUCUCUCGUACUCUCCCCUCUCCCCCUCCACUACCUCAGCCUUCUCUCCCCCUCUCCCCCUCCACUACCUCAGCCUUCUCUCCCCGCUCCUCCUCCUCUACCUCAGCCAUCCCUCUCCUCACCUCCUCCUCUACCCCAGCCAUCCCUCCACACUCCUCUAGCUUCUCCCCCUUCCUUCCUGCCUCCCUCACGUACCUGUGCAGUGCGACAGACUCAGCCCCACCCCUUUUAUACACCUGUUACACCUCUCCUCCUCCUUCCCCUGAGCUCUUAGAGGAUUUAGACCUCUCAAUCAACAACCAUCCUACUCCCCCUCCUCCCCCACCUCCGCCACCUCCUCCCCCUUACAUCCACACCCCUACACCACCUUCCCCUCUCCAGAGCCCCUUCAGAGUGAGUCCAGGACGGCCCCCCCGCCCCUUGAUCACAACUCAAGCACUGCAGAGAGUCACCCUGCGCUCUGUCAAGAGGCCACACGAGCUAGCCCCACAGGAGCUAACUAGCAUUAUGCUAACAAACCCUACAUCAGCUAAUGUCGAACAGAGCCAAGAUAGCAAUGCCGCUACACUAACUAGCAUGAUGCUAACCAAUGCAACCCCAGCUACUGAUGGCCAGCAGUGCCCAGAGAGCACCGAUGCUAAGCUAACUAGCAUUACGCUAACCAACGCUAUGUCAACUAAUGAUGCCCAGCAGAGCCCAGAGAGCAUUGAUGCUAAGCUAAACGGCAUCACGCUAACCUGCGCCCUGGAGAGAGUGGAGGGCACGGAUGCCACACUAACCAGCACUGUGUUAGAGAGUGUGGAGAGGAUCAAUGCUAUUCUUACUGAGGCUGAAGAGAGACAGACCACUGGCAUUCAGAAAAUGGCUGCCAAUUCAUCUGGCACUAUGCUAGCAUAUUUCCAAAACAGACUUGAAACCAAUGAUGCUAUGCUAAAGGCCGCCACAAAGACACCGUCAGAGUCUGCCCCUCCCUGCUCCACACCGACCACUACUCAGCACACUGACAGAACCAGAGAGUCUGCCCCUCCCUGCUCCACACCGACCACUACUCAGCACACUGACAGAACCAGAGAGUCUGUCCCUCCUUGCUCCACACCGUCCACUACUCAGCAGACUGACAGAACCAGAGAGUCUGCCCCUCCCUGCUCCACACCGUCCACUACUCAGCACACUGACAGAACCAGAGAGUCUGCCCCUCCCUGCUCCACACCGACCACUACUCAGCACACUGACAGAACCAGAGAGUCUGUCCCUCCUUGCUCCACACCGUCCACUACUCAGCAGACGGACAGAACCAGAGAGUCUGCCCCUCCCUGCUCCACACCGACCACUACUCAGCACACUGACAGAACCAGAGAGUCUGUCCCUCCCUGCUCCACACCGUCCACUACUCAGCAGACUGACAGAACCAGAGAGUCUGCCCCUCCCUGCUCCACACCGUCCACUACUCAGCACACUGACAGAACCAGAGAGUCUGCCCCUCCCUGCUCCACACCGACCACUACUCAGCACACUGACAGAACCAGAGAGUCUGUCCCUCCUUGCUCCACACCGUCCACUACUCAGCAGACUGACAGAACCAGAGAGUCUGCCCCUCCCUGCUCCACACCGUCCACUACUCAGCACACUGACAGAACCAGAGAGUCUGCCCCUCCCUGCUCCACACCGACCACUACUCAGCAGACUGACAGAACCAGAGAGUCUGCCCCUCCCUGCUCCACACCGUCCACUACUCAGCAGACUGACAGAACCAGAGAGUCUGCCCCUCCCUGCUCCACACCGUCCACUACUCAGCAGACUGACAGAACCAGAGAGUCUGCCCCUCCCUGCUCCACACCGACCACUACUCAGCACACUGACAGAACCAGAGAGUCUGUUGGAACAGAAGACAUCCUCAGUCACUCAACAACCCCACAGACGCCUAGAACCCCUCAGAAGCCUAGAAUCCCAGAGAACCCUAGAACUCCAGAGGCUAUAAUGAUAGAGAAGCCUAGAACACUGGAGAAACCCAGAACACUGGAGAAGCCCAGAACACUGGAGAAGCCCAGAACACUGGAGAAGCCCAGAACACUGGAGAAGCCUAGAACCCCAGAAAAGCCUAACGUGGUUGUUCUCUCUAGGCCACUGAGAGCAGUGGUUUUAAGUUCUAGCUCUCCUGCUGUGAACAGAGGACCAGCGUUACAGAACGGAGAACACACGCCUCGACAGGAGACCACACCCUGCCUCACCAACGGCCAGCGAGAGCACUUAACGUGUGCAAACACACUCACACACUCCCCUGCUACCCCCUCCUCCACCCCCCACAAAGAGAAGCCUCCUGUUGCCCUAAAGAACCCUAAACGAUCUCUACUGAGGACACACCAGACAGACACACCAACCCCACCAUCCGUACUGACAAGUACUCCUCCACAGCCCUUUGUCCCAGAGACAUCACCCUUUCUGGGGAUAAAAUUGGCACAGACAGAGUCCCAGACAGAGACCCAGCCAAAGACAAAGCCUGAAUUCCCCUUCCUGAAACGCUACCAGUCAGAAUACUAUGUAGCGGAGUUACCUUCAAGGCCCUGUCCUCCAGUACCCUGUGUACCAAAGUUACUACCAAGGCCCUCUCCUCCAGUACCCUGUGUAACAGAGUUACCAUCAAGGCCCUGUCCUCCAGUACCCUGUGUACCAAAGUUACUACCAAGGCCCUCUCCUCCAGUACCCUGUGUAACAGAAUUACCAGCAAGGCCCUGUCCUCCAGCACCCUGUGUAACAGAGUUACCACCAAGGCCCUGUCCUUCAGAACCCUGUGUACCAGAGUUACCACCAAGGCCCUGUCCUUCAGAACCCUGUGUACCAGAGCCACAGCAGGAGUCCUGUACACUGGAGAUGGAGACAGAUACAGAGACAAAGCUAGAGAGUGGCUCUGUGCCAUACACAGAGUUGGGGAGUUCAGAACCUGAACCAGAGGCGAUAUGGGUGAUGCAGAAGGAAGAAGAGAAUGAAGAGAGAGAAAAUGUGCACAUCAUACUAAUGCUGGGCGGGAGGGAGGAGGAGGACAGACAGAGGGGAGCCAUUGAGGAGGACAGCAGAGAUUCUGGAAGUUUCUCUCCGGAAGAGAAUAGAGAUGCUGCUAGCAGUGCACUGUCAACUGAAGAGGGGGAACUGCAGGGGGAGAGGAUGGAAUGGGGGAAGAGGGAAGAGAGGCGUGGUCUGGAGAGAGACGGGGCCAGCAGCUCCACAGGAUCCCUGAGCUCCAGAGAGGACAACGGUGAGGUGUUUGACAUUUCUCAGGCGGAGAAGAUGGUGACACCAGCACGACUGCGGACUACUGAGGACCUGUUUGCUGCCAUACACAGGUCUAAGAGAAACAUUCUGGGUCGCAGGAACUCUGAGGGGGAGCAAUGCAGUGUCUUCUCAUUCUCCUCCUCUUCCUCCUCCUCCUCUCCUCCAAUGGCCCUAGCCCCAUCCCUCUGCGACCUCUAGAGGUGGGAAGUCGCUGUGACUCUGGAGCUCGCAUGUCUGCAGCUGAGAGACUCCGCAGUACCGCCCCAAAACACCAGAGUCCGCCACCACAUAGCCAGAGCCAAUCAGACACACACCUGCAGUUGGGAGUCCCUCUCCACACACGCACACAGUCUAAGUCCAGCUCCCAUCUCUAGAAGUACCCCAGACUCAGUACAGACAGAGACACAGGAGAAAGGAAGAGUGGGCAAUCACUGAGCGCCUUGUCCCUCUCCCCUUCUCAUCCUCCCCAUCCCUCCCCCUCUCUCUGGGCGUGGCGACCCCCCCCCGCGCCCCCACUUUCCCUUGAGUAAGGGGUUGUCCGAGACCAUUGAAUUGGCUCACGAUUCAUACAAGACUUUUGGAUUGGUCAAGCUUUCUGACGGAUAGACUGAGGCUACCAAUGGCAGCCUUGAUUGGCAGGAGAGCAGGACUAUGGAGAGACACGAGGCCCUGUUCUCCCUCCCCAUUUCUCUCUCCCUGGAGGGCAACGGAUAGAGCACCAGACAGGGGACUCACUGUCCUGCUCAUACCCAGGACAGAGGCUCCCGUCUGGGGCCAAGGGACUUCAUAUGUAUCCUGUACAUGGGGGAAAACUGAUUGGAUGUCAGGUCAACUGAAACAUACUGUUCUCCAGACUGGCUUUUGUUAUAGGAUGAUUGUCUCUGUUAAUAGAUUUGUAGGACAGUGUAAAUGUUGUUGUUUUCUGAUGUGUUGCUUCAGUCCUCUGUCUAGUUUUAGUAUGUAGUGGUAUACAGUUUGAGAUUCAUGUUAAACUGUAUAUUAAAAAUGUAUUCUGUGGUUUCAGUUACCAAAGACAACGUGUCACUACCAGUGAAUCGGCAGCAGGGGGACAUGUCUGAGAAUGUAUCCUUGAUUGUGAUUGGCCUAUGAGAAUGUAUCCUUGAUUGUGAUUGGCCUAUUGUUAUCAAGAUUGUG